AGGUGGAUUGUUGGAACCGAACAGGGCUGUGGUUGCAGGUUCCCAGCUUCUUUCUCCAACUUUGGUGUAUUACUGUGCACAGUGAGUACUGUAAGAACUUCCCCAAGGAGGUACUGUGCACAGUGAGUACUAUGUGAACUCACCCAAAGAGGUACUGUGCACAGUGAGUACUAUGUCAACUCACCCAAGGAGGUACUGUGCACAGUGAGUACUAUGUCAACUCACCUAAAGACGUCGGGGCUGGAACUCACGCAGGCCAGGAGGCAGGAGCUGAUGCAGAGGCCAUGGCUUGCUUCCCCUGGCUUGCUCAUAGAACCAAAGACCACCAGGCCAGGGGUGGCACCACCCACAAGGGGUCCUCCCCUCUUGAUCACUAAUUGAGAAAGUGCCUUACAGCUGGGUCUCAUGGAGGCAUUUCCUCAAGGGAGACUCCUUUCUCUGUGAUAACUCAGCUUGUGUCAAGUUGGCAUAGAACCAGGCAGUGCACUGUCCCAUUUUUGCAUAUAUACAAAAAUAUGUGCAUUUACAUAUAUGGGAAUAAGCUUUGAGAGUCAGGUCAGAGUCCCAGAGCUCCUGAGAUAAGCCACUGCCUCGUCCAGGAUUGCAGGUGAGAAGUUGUUUUUCUUAGGGUACCUUCCAGGACAGGUGAGUUCAGAACCCUGCUCUGGAGACUUUCAGCCACCCCUAAAUGCAACAAACUCAGAAGGUUAAGAAGAGAGAGGGUUAGCUCUAAAGAGUCACAUGAACCCAGAUGGAUCCUAGGGGCAGCAGCCUGGGGGACUCCACAGUUUCCUCUGUAGUCCGUCUUCUGGUCUUCAUGGUAUAGAGUAUUGCAGAUUGCGUCCACAGCAGAAAUCCAGCACUAAGAGUUCUGGAGGUUCAGGUCUGGAGUCAACAUUUUCAUAGUUUUGGCUCUUCCUGAAGGCUAUGUGAGUAGGCUGUCCGGCCCACUCCUGUUCUGGUAGAUGCCAUCUUCCUGCGUUUCUUUAUGGUGCCUUUGUUUUCUGUAUGACUGCAUCUGAAUGACCCUUUUUUAUAAGGCUGCCAGUCCUUGUAAGAAUGAGGACGCACCUAAGGGCCUCAUGGUCAGUCAGACACUGGGGUUAGGAGCACAGGAUAGGGCUGCCUGUCAGCGUGAACGGUACUAUGGAACGGUGUUACCUCAGGCAGGAAGAGUGUUUUGGACAGUAGACAUCGCCCACAGUAGCAACUCGUGUGACUGACUAUGCGUGUUUGGGUUUUUGUUGACCUAAAGCUUGGAGUCAGAGGUGGCCUUGGCAAGAAUUUUGGAUUCCAUGCUUUAUGUUAAUGUAUUUUUCCCGUCAUUAUUUAGAUAUUUUUGUAAGUUGAAAAAAAACACUUAAAUUCUUUUAGGACAUGGAGCUAUUCGGCCUAAGAGCAGCUAAUUCCCCUUCUCCGAACCAAGCUUACUCCUUCCUUCCCUGUCUCUGGUGACCACUGAUUCCUUUCCAUUCUAGAUGGUCUUGGAGCGUCAUCGUGUUCAGAACCAGGGUUUCUUUGAUGGCCUUAUUACAUGGGGCAUCAUCUGGGAAGCUUUGCUUCUGGCCUGGUUUGAGGUCGUUUUCCUCCUGCAGGGAAAGUCCUUAAGUCUGAUUUGUGGGGCCCUGUCCUGGCUCCGGGACUUUGAACAGAAGAAAUUGCAAGCAGAGGCUGGUCUCCUCGCUCCUGCAUCUGGCCCCACAAGUAGUGGGAGGAACUCCCUCCUGUCUUCCUCAUCCUGCCAAGAACCCUCUGACACCCUGAGACCUGCUGGAGAUCCUGACUGGGUCACUGAAUUUGUGCAGAAGAAAGAAGAAAGGGACCUGGUGGAGAGGCUGAGGGAGGAGCAGGUGAGGAGGAGGAAGCGAGAGGAGCGGCUGCAGGAGGUCUGCCAGGAUGGAAGAUGCAGGUUUGCUGCCAAGCGCUCGAGACAGGAGGAAGAGGAGAUGGAGACUCUCCUGCGCCUCAGCAGGGAGAUGCUUGCUGCAGACACAGCACCAGAGCAGCUGGGGCAGCUGGAGUGUGGGGAGGAGCAUCUGGUUCUGGCAGAAUAUGAGAGUGAUGAGGAGAGAGGAGGCAGCAGGUGAGACCUCGGAUGUCAGUCUGCAGCCUCAGCCGGAGCACCCAGGAGACCGCCUGAUAGCCGACUGCUUGUUUGUUCACCUUGGGCUUGUAUUUAAGCGGUCAUAAGUGCUGGUGACAUCCACGGUUGACCCUUUUCUCUGUGACAGUCCUGUGUAUGUGUUGAGUUAGUUUUCCCCACUGUCGUCCAGUGGUGGAAUCCUGGAGGCCAUGGCUGGGUCAGGUGCUAUGUCUUGGCCAUUGCUGUGGGCUCAUGAAUGGGGGAGAGCUGGGCCUGGAUGUAGUCCACCUGGUUCUGGAUUCUGUGUUCUCCACCAGUAGCGUAAGCAUAACCGUCAGAGAGUUCCAGACUCACAGUUGACAUCGUUUAGGGUUUCUGGUCCAGAUGAGCCGAAAGCUCUUAUUUUAUGAGCUUCACUUGUGAGUGACCCAGGACACUCCGAUAGGAGGGACUUAUUCAUGGCUGUACCACACAGCUCCUCUCGAGGCACUCUUUUCUCAUUCCCACUUCAAUUCUAGUAGGGAAAGUCUGGUGGCCCAGGUGCUGCAAUCUGGAGUUUCAUGUGCACAGUGACCAUAGAUGUCAGUGUCAGGGUGAGUGAGACACAGGACUUUCAUGGCCUUUAGGGGAGGAGAACAGACUUCUUCCCAGCUGGGAUCCUGUUCAGGAUAUAUCUGUGGGCACCCUGUUUAGCCAGUUGAGGUCAGCUGGGUAUAGCCCUGUCCAUGACCAGCGUACAUUUCUAGGCUGGGAGAUGGGCGGGACAUAAGUGUACAGUUCCAGUUUGAAACCAGUGUGUUUGCUUAGAGGAAAAUGGAGUAGGAUAGUAGUAGUGUGUAAAGUCACACCGAGGUGAGGCCUGCUGAGGCAUGAGGGUUCUGAUUAGGGUCCCAUAAACUCACUGGGCUGGAAGUGGAGAUUGUGUGUGCUUGAGGGAAGGCCCAAGUAUCAGAGCAAAGAGAGGAAGAGACAGAAGACCUAAGGUUGGAGCAGGUACAGGUCUCUGAGGGCUGAGUAAAUACUGGAUGGAUGUCAAAGUACAGCAGGAUGCUGGGGGAGGGAUUAAUUCAGCCUGAGAGUGGUAUGUUCCAUAUCCAGUACUAGAAGGUCCUUAAAACAUUAAGGUUUGUGGGUAUUUGCAUCUCUCCCUGGCCUUGGGGAUCUUCAGCAAAUAUUGGCCCCCCAAGAGCAAUGGCCCACGAAGGCAGUGGGAGCAGAGAUGCCAGGUAGGGAUGGGUUGGAAACCCCUUGAGUACAUAGGGGGAAGAAGACACCUCGGGACAGCUGGAGAGAGGCAGGUCAACUUUACCUGUGGGUGAUUCAAGCCUUCUAUACUUUGGGGGUUGGGCGUUAGGUGGUAGAAGCAUCGAGG